UUACGUCAUCCGGUAGCUUCUGUAUUAGCGCUCCCUGUGAUAUAAAGCUUAAUCCUAUUUUGUGGACCACCAAUAUCUUAUGUGGUCGCUACUCUUCGCAAUACCAGUGAUAAAAAAUUAAUUCAAUACUCUAAAUAGUCUAAAAAGCUGUUCACAGAGGAGAAUUUAUUUAUUGCACUGUUUGAUUUGACGGUAUCGGGGGAGGGACGCCACAAGACAGCACAGCCGCCAGCAGGGCUCACCUUUGAUACAGACCUUGUUUUUAGAUCGAAGUUCUUCCGAUCAUCUGCCAUUUUCUCGUCUGUAGCUCGACAUAUUUCGGUUCUUUUCCCCUGUGCACGUUCCUCGGCGACAUGUCUGCCCGUGGUGGGAAGAAGCGAGUCAAGGCAGUCUCCCGGUCGGCGCGGGCAGGGGUUAUUUUUCCCGUCGGUCGGAUCUACCGGUACCUUCGGCGGGACACUCACCACCUGAGGAUCGGUAUGGGAGCCCCGGUCUACCUGGCCGCAGUCAUCGAAUACCUGAGCGCUGAGAUUCUGGAGCUGGCUGGAAAUGCUGCACGAGACAACAAGAAGGGGCGCAUCACCCCCCGCCACAUCUUACUGGCUGUGGCCAACGACGAAGAGCUACACCAGCUAUUGAAGCACGUGACCAUAGCCUCUGGCGGAGUGCUUCCGAAGAUUCACCCCGAGCUUCUUACCAAGAAGCGCGGACAGAAGCGCAUCUUCGACGCGCUGCAACCCCCCAUCCCUCCACCUCCUGUCAAGAAGGCCAAGACAACGACACCUGCCAAGAAGUCGCCGGGCAAGAAGAAGGCAGGUGCUGCAGCGCCCCCUGCUGGCGGCAAAGGGAAAGGCAAGGGAAAAGGCAAGGGGAAGGGGAAGAGCACCAGCACAGAGACCACGAUAAGCACGGCUGACAGCACGGAAGACGCUGCGUCCGGCGGUGAGGAGACGACCGCAGCGUCCGCAGACAGCACCAGUCCUGCCGUGGCCACCGGCAUCACCAUCCUGUCUGAGAAAAAACUCUUCCUGGGGCAGAAGCUGACAGUGAUCCAAGGUAACAUUGUGAACCUGCCGGCCGAUGCUGUUAUACACCCCACCAACGACUCCUUCUACCUGGGUGGGGAAGUCGGUUCUGCUCUACAGAAGGCAGGAGGGAAGGAGUUUGAGGGAGAAGUGAAGAAACUGCUGGAAGCCAAUGGUUCGCUGGACACUACUGGAGCUGCCAUCUGUCCUGGGCACAACUUCCCUGCCAAGUACGUGAUCCACUGUAACGGUCCGUCCUGGAACACAGACAAGUGUCAGGACAACAUGGAGAAGACAGUCAAGAACUGUCUGGCACUGGCAGACGAGAAGGACCUAACUUCUGUAGCAUUCCCCUCCAUUGGAAGUGGUCGUGCUGGCUGGCCGAAGCAGACCGCAGCCCAGCUGAUCCUGAAGGCCAUCAGUAACUACUUCUCCUCACAGAUGACGUCGUCCAUCAAACAGGUCUACUUCGUCCUAUUCGACAUGGAGAGCAUCGGAGUCUACACCAGCGAACUAGCUAAACUGGACAUCAACUAGGUUGUACUUUAUUUAAAGUUAAAACUUUUGAUUC